AUGGUCCCACUUCGAAGAACCACGAUUCAGCUCAUCGGACGAUUCUGUUUUGGAGUCGAAUUUGAAGAUAAAGAUGGGUUUGUAGAAAACAUAGAUGCCGUGAUGGAGGAGACUAUUAGACUAAGUGGACAUGCUCGUUUAGUAGAUGUGUUCGAAUUCACUCGAUACAUACCUGGAUUCAGGCUUCUCUUCAAAGAGGCAUAUGAAUUGAAGCAUAAAAUAGAAGAAACUAUCCGUCCGUAUAUUCGCCGAUAUAAAUCAUCAACAAACUGUUUCUUGCAGUUUCUCCUCUGCCAGGAGGAUUACAGUGAAGAAGUAGUCAUCUUCAACCUUUUCGAACAGUUCUUGCUUUCAACUGAUAGCACCUCGAAUGCAACUUCAUGGGCACUCGCGUAUUUGAUACACGAUGAGAAAAUUCAACAAAAGGUCUACGCAGAAGUGCAGGAAUUAACUGGAAAUGGUCAUUCAAGAGAAGAAAUGAUAACAGUUGAGGAAGUGAGCAAGUUAAAGUAUGUGAAUGCAGUAGUAAAAGAGGUCUUGAGAAUGAAACCAAUCGCGCCAUUAGCAGUACCGCAUCAAGCAGUCUGCGACAGCAGCUUGAUGGGAAUGAAGGUGCGUAAAGGUACACCAGUUAUGGUGAACAUCUAUGCUGUACACUAUGAUCCAACUGUCUGGGUCGAACCGCAGAGGUUCAUGCCAGAGAGGUUCUUGGGUGCUUUGAACGAUGGUGGUGAUAAAAACAAGGCAACUCUAGCCAUGGAAAGGUCAUUAAUUGCGUUUGGUGCAGGGAGAAGAAUAUGUGCAGGAAUGGAUUUGGCUAAACUUCAAGUUGCUCUAACUCUGGCGAAUUUAGUGAACAGUUUUCGCUGGUCAUGUGUCAGUGAAGGGAAAUUCCCUGACUUGACAGAGGAUCUUUUCUUUAUUUUAAGGAUGAAGACACCUCUUGUUGCCCGUAUAGUGCCUCGUUAGUCAUUGUUUAUCGUACCAGUUCAAAAUCUCUACAAGUUCAAUAAUGUAGUA